GUGCGUAUUCGCGAGCGCUCGCGGCCAAUCGCCGCGGCGGCGGACGUCAGCGCGAGCCAAUCGCGGCGCGCCGCGGUGAUGCGGCGCGCUAAAUAUAGCCGGUAUAUAUCUAGGCCGGUCGCGACCGCGAAUUAUCCACAGUUGCGCGCCGGCGAUCGACGGAGGAGGACGUGCGAGCGGGACGGAGUGACGGACGAGUUGACGAGUGCGACGAACGUGAAGAGAGUGCGUGGUGCGCGAAGACGACGCUGCCUCGUCGUUGUUGUUAUCGUGGCUGAUCGUAGUCGUAGUCGCCGUGGGUCGAGAGAUCAUCGAGAAAACUGGAGAAUGGAAUGUUAGGCAAUCGCGCGCGUAAGGAUGCAAGGUCGCAGGCACACACAUAACACAGACGCGUGGUCUGUUCAUACGCACGUACGCAGGGCGCGCGGUCACACAUGCGUGAAGCUCGUCCACGAGCGUGGACAGGAAGCAUAAAUUUCGUGUGCGAACGCCAAACAUAGUGCCGUGAGAGGACACAACGUGCGUGUGCGAGUUUCCUACGCUUUCGUGGAGCUUCGCAGAGAACCGCGUCCACGCCUUGCGGGAGCCGGAGAGUGUCGUUUAAAUGGUGAGAGCCCCACCACCAUCGACAGCACCAUCGCCACGACCAUCACCAUCGCCAUGUACAAUCUGAACGUGAACGUGAAUCCCAGCCCGACGGCUGGGGCUGCCGCGGGUCUUCUCGGUGUCGCGGCGGCCGAGGUCACGCCAAGGACACCGGAAAUCGUAAACUCUCUGAUCGCCAUGACCAAUCCCUUCGAGGGCUACAGCAGCAACGAGAAGAGUAGAGACCGCACGGACUCGACCAGCAGCGGCGAGCCCAGCCCGCCGAGUGUCCAGCACACCUGUAGUCAGCUCAUCAAAGAAGGGCUGAAGCUGACGCUGCAGACGAAGAGGAGAGCCAAUGGCAGCGGUGACGAGGGCAGGAAGAAGUUGAAAAAAGAGGACGGCAGUGCCGACGACGAAGAGGAGGAAGAGUCAAGCAACAAUAACAACAAGAAUGGAAUACAUGGAUGGCGCUUUUUGCAGCUGACGCCGGAGGACGAGGAGCGGCGUCGACGGCGGCGCGAGCGCAACAAGAUCGCGGCGACCAAGUGCCGGCUGAAGAAGCGCGAGAAGACGGUGAUCCUCGUGCAGGAGUCCGAGAUCCUCGAGACGCAGAACCACGACCUGAAGUCGCAGAUCCAGGAGCUGGAGACGCAGAGGCGCAGGCUGGUGGACAUGCUGAGCCUGCACACCCCGACGUGCCUGAAGCACAGCGCCGACAACGCGACCUCCUACCAGCAGUUCGCCGAGCCGAUCCAGCUGCCCAGCUAUCAGGACAACUUUGUCCAGCAGGCGGCACCGCCGCCGCCGCCGCCGCCGGCCCUCAAUCAACCGCAGAACUGCGUCACCGAGUACCAUCCGGUCAAAGUCGAGGAGUACGAGGCCGACUUCUAUCGGCAGGGUAGUCCAUACGUGCCGACGACAUCGGACGCCAGUUGCACGGUUUAGCAACGUCGUCGUUGUCGUUGUUGUCGUCGUCAGGGAGGGAGAAUCUAGUCGAGAAGCUCGGACACGCGUGCACACUAUGUCUCGUAAUUUGCGAACGCGAAUCGUUUGAUUUUAAUAGAUGAACUCUCGUGUCGAGCGAUCCGGAGUUGCUACACUCUCGACAAACGCCAUUGUUCAUCGCGACUUCUGAUUUUCAAACUGAUUUACGCGACUAACGGGAGUUUUAAUUCUUCAAUUUUUUUGCAAAGUAUUCGAAUGAAAUCGUUCGAUGAGAAAGAAUGGGGAUUUCCAACUUGAAAGUAGACAAUGUCCUGGAUAGUUGAAUUUAUAGAAAUUGAUCUUGUGCAGUUUCUGUUCGAAAUUUUUGUCGGAAGCUUCUUAGAAGAAAUAUAACAGGAUCUGCUGACAGAAUAUGAUGGCAGAAACCGAGCAGGUUCUGUAAGCAUUUGAAUGCAUUAAACUGGAACGUAGGUGGUGCAGAUCUCGCUCGGUUUGUGCCACCAAUUGCCGUCAGGUAAUGUCAGCAGGCACUGUCAAUGGACCAUGAGCUUUACGUAAACACAGUUCACGUGAACAGAUAGCUGUAGCUCUACUGCAGCAUUCUGACAAAAUCUGCUAACAAUCUGUUGGCAUAUUUCUAAUACCUUGUUCAUUGUAGUAAUUUCAGUUGGAAAGAAAUACAGAGAUAGGCAACAUCUGCCAGAAAAUUUUCACAUAAUGUUUCAUCGUCAAAUCGAAAAAUGAUAAAUAGACGAGAAGACCAAAAAAUAAAUUCAAACGCAUAUAUAUAAAUAUAUAUAAAGAGUUUACAUGUAUAUAAAUGACAGAGAAAGAGAGAGGAGGACAGAAAAGAGAGAAAAAAUGUAUAUAAUAUAAAA